AUGCGACAAGCACGAGUGUUUAUCGCGAGCAGACACCCUCUACUAUCUCGAAUUCUAGUGUGUGUUUGGGAGAGAGGGACGAUAACAUCGAUAGUUCGAUAUCCUAAGCAGCUUGAUAGUCCUGCAUUGCAUGAACACGCAGAAGCUACUUUACAUCUGACCUCUGACGUGAAGAUAUUUAUCAACACGUGCAUUGCUUUCUUGGGUUCAGGAGUAUUAGGUCUUCCGUAUGCAUUUCGACAGUGCGGUAUUUUGACGGGGCUACUGACGUUAAUGGGUGUAGCUGGAGUUACAACCUAUGCUAUGAUGCUCGUGGUGCAGUGCAAAUACAAACUCAAGCAACAAGGAAAAAAUGUCACAAGUUAUGGAGAAAUUGGGUACUUUGCAAUGGGUUCUGCUGGCUCAGUGAUUGUAAAUACGGCACUUGUAAUCUCUCAAAUGGGAUUCUGCAUUGCAUAUUUGAUUUUCAUUGCUUCCAAUGUUAAUCAGUUCUUGAAUGUGUCAAAGCAGCUGAUUGUGUUGGUGUGUGUGCCACCACUUGUUGGAUUAUCACUGCUAAAACACAUGCGAGAGUUGGCUUAUGUGGCAUUAUUUGCUGACUUUAUGUGCAUCUUUGGACUUUUGGUCGUGCUUAACAUUGAUCUGACUUACAUGGAGUAUGAUCACGACGAUAUUGAAGUUAUAGGCGUCGUGUCUGCAAUACCUUUUUUCUUUGGAGUGGCCAACUACUGCUUCGAAGGAGUGGGAAUGGUGCUAUCGUUGGAAAACUCGAUGCGGAACAAAAGAAAUUUUACGCCUAUUCUUGUCAGCACGGUUGUGAUCAUUUCGUCACUGUAUGCUACGUUUGGAAUCUGUGGAUACCUUGCUUUCGGCAACGAAACCAACGCUGUCAUUACCCUCAACUUUGAUGGCGGCGGCAGUUUGGCCAUUCUUGUCAAAGUUUCUCUGUGUUUGGGCCUCUUCUUUACGUACCCAGUGAUGCUGUUUCCAGUCUUUGAGGUUUUGCAACCUAUGAUGGUACGCGGCCAAAGGCUUGAAAGCCCGCAGCCUAGUCAAACGAAAGGUAUAAUUUUGCGCGUGGGUAUCGUGUUGGUCACUGCGGUUAUCGCGGCUGGAAUUCCAGAUUUUGGUUGGUUUAUUUCGUUCGUUGGCUCAACAUGCUGCUCGUUGCUGGCCUUCAUCUUGCCAGCAUUCUUUCACUUAUGCCUAUUUCGUGAUGAGCCGCCGACGUGCACAAAUCGACUGCGGCAGUUUUUUCUGUGUGCAAUGAUGGUUUUAGGGUUUGUCAUGCUUUGUGCCGGAGGUUUUGAGGUAAUCGACAAGGUACUCUAG